AUGAGUAGGAACGUGAGUGUGCUUUUGGCUUUAUCGCUGUUAACGAAUGGAUUCUGUAUCCCGGCAAGUGUGGUGCGACCAAAGAGACAGGAUCCUAGCGAAAACACGAUAGCACAGUCAAGUGACACUGUUUCGAGGGUUAGUACUAGCUCGAGUACAGUCAAUUACGACUUGCCACCACCAAUACCUUACAAUGAUGAAGACGAUGAUGACGACGAUGAUCUAGAUAUACCAAAGAAAUACCCGUCUGAUGACGGUGGUAGCAACGUGUUCAGUCUUCUCAAACUUGUGUCCGGUUUACUCCCAGCGUCGAGUGGAUCAUCCAGCAAAAUUUAUCAAAGAAUAAUAAAAGAGAUCAUGAAGCAUACCAAAUCUAGAAUAAUAAUUCGUAGAAGCGAUGCUGAUAACGAAAUAGAUGUCGACUACAUUUCUGAUUUAAAACCAUCGCCAUUACAAAAACAAGAGGAGCAAAACGAAGAGAGUGAUAGUUCUUCUAAAAGUAGUUCUAAUGAAUCUGAUGAUGCAGCAGAAGAAAGCUUGGAAGAGGAAGACGAGAGGAAUAAGUCAGAACAGGCAUCAGAUUCCAAUUUAGAUGAUGAUGAUUACGAUGAACCACCGGGAGGUGGAGAUGGUGCAGGUGGUGGACUUUUAGGUCUUCUAGCUGGUUUGAGUGGUGGAGAAGAUGGACAGUCGGACUUAGGAUCCCUACUCGCAACUAUAGGUGGUAUAGUGGCAAAUCUGAGUGGUGAUGGAAUAGAUCUAAAUGCCCUUAUUGGGUCAGGUAUAGGACUUUUUGUGGGAUUAUUGUCUGAGGGAGAAGAGAACCCUGGUGCUGUAAUAGCAAGUUAUCUUCUCACAUCCUUAGAUACAAUAACUGGAGGUGGGUCGAAAAAUAAUGGAGAAUUCUUUGGGAAAUUUUUGUCUAAACUAAUAAAAGGUACCAGUGCGGGAGGUGACCCCGAGGCAAGUUCCGAAGAAGAAAAUGAAGAAAAACCAAAAGAUUCUGCAGGAUUUUUCCUAAGCUUCAUCAUGGCUUUGUUGGGAGAUAUGUCUAAAGGAAGCUCAGGGUCUCAACCUUGGAGACGAUACGGUGCACAACAUAAACCCUCGGAUGAACCUGCGCAGUCUCCGCUAUGGACACUCAAAUUAGAUAUUCUUCGAGCUCUAGUACAAUUUGGGACUUCAAUCAUUGGAAUAGCUUCCUCAGCGGUCUUCUCGUCUUCUUCCGGU